CAGCAAUCAUCGGCGCGAAAAGUGUUCGGUUAUCGCGCUAUUUAACGACGCCUAAGUGCGAAGACAUCGGAUUUUUUUUCCUUCCGCUCAGGGUCGUGUUAGACUGGCCGUGUCUCGUGUGUCUCGUACAUGAAACGCACGGGCAAUAACGGGACGGCGCAAAAGGUAGUGGAAAUGAGUCAUUCGUUACUGCAUGCUCGCCACGACCCAUCGCGUAUAACUGAGUAAAUAAGUCGCAAUCGCACCGCCACCGCGCCGAGGACGACGACUGCUGUUCACGACCGUGUGAUUCGAUAUAGUAAACGUGUCGCAGAAAAACUUGCGUUUUUCUCUUUCUUCUUUCUCUAUCGGUACUCGGCCGUCAAGUUCUCGCCUCGAUGCGCUCUGCCUCCGGAUAGUUCCCUUCCAAACGCGGUACGACAAUGUUUUAAUGCAUUCGAGUCAAAGUGCCCUCCGCGCGUGCGAAGCCCGUUGUGCUUUUUGAAAUUUCGCCUCCGAACGAAUGAAGCGUCGUCGUCCAGGAGUAAAAAGUGAUCGAGAAAGUGCAAUCGACAAUUUAUUUUCGCUUUCGCGACGCGCCCGCCCGCCCGCCCGCCGUGGUCUCGCGUUAACGGAACGGGCGAGUUGUUUACGAAACGGUGCAGAUAAAGAUUUGGCGGAUACUCCCGUGCCGCGGGAACGGUGCGGCGUGUCGCCGCCGUGCGAUACAACAAACUGACGUGUUUAAUCUUUACACGGAUAAAUGACGAAACUGUUGAAAUUCCGCCGGUAUCCGCGGCAUAUACAGAUAUCCCGUGCACGUCGCGCACCCACCGCCCACACGAUACCUCUGAGCUAUUGCCGUGCGACGCGAAUGUAGUGUAGAAAGAGAGAGAGAGAGAGAGAAAGAGAGAGAGAUGAAAAUGUCGCUUGGCUAAUCGCGGGACGUGCAGCAGGGCGCAGCAGGUGUGUGCGAAAGGUGUCGCGCCUUCGACUCCCGGUUGAUCGCCGAUGUGAUGUAGUCGCGAUGUCCCUCACCUCGAGAACAAACAGAUGGGCCUCGAGAGUUAUCAUUAUAUUACAGCUGGCCACCUGGAAUGCCGUCGGCAUCGUUCUUCUUCACAGAGGCGUCAGCAACUUGCGUAGGAGAAUUCUGGAGACCAACGAUGUUGUCGAGGUAAAUCCUCCGACUGGUUUGGAGUCUAUCGAGACGAUGUCAUCUACGAGACGCGACGAAAACGAAUAUAUAUCCACCCAGCAAGGAUCGAUAAACCAGAACGUGGAAAUAAUAAUUCAGAUCGAUCCGGAUAAACCACCCCCGCGUGACGAUAAGAAUCUCUUUGGAUUAAGCGCGAUUAAGAGCGAGCGAUUGAAAGACGCGUUCGAAAUCGUUUCGACGGAACAGCGAUCCACGUUCUUCCUCGGAACGGAUCCUCUCGGAACUGUCCCGACGAUCGUUCGAGGGACGUUAAGAUCGCGGCUGAAGAAUCAUUCAACAGAAAUAAAAGAUCAACGUAUUGGCGAUCGUCCCGAGAAUAAAGAUGUAACGAGCAAGAACUCGAGGAUCACCCGGGAUAGAGAGCAUAUGCUCGAUAACGAAAUUCUUCCGAUCUCUGCAGAUGGUUCAUCAGGAUCUAGAUUCGCGGGAUUGGUUUCGCGGAAUGAAAUGAACGAAGAGGAGGAGAAGGAGGAGGAGGAAGAGGAUCUCGAUCUCGUGGAAAACGUGACGCAAGCCACAAUGCGCGAGAUGUCGACUAUCCGCGACGAUAGCGACCAAUUCACUGUCCCGACAAGCAAAAGCGAUAAGAUGAGGUUCUCCCGCUUGAACGAGAACGGCGCGACAAUGGCGAUCGCUCUAGUGGUGAUCGGUGCGAUCAUGCUGCUGACAGGGCCGAUCGUGAUCGUGCUGCGGAUUUUGGACGAGAGAAGACGAGCGAGGAAGGUCGCCUUGCCGGUAAGGGCACGAGAGGACCUGCCGCCGACGUACGAGCAGGCCGUUCUCAUGGACGAGGCACCGAGAUAUUCGACCCUCACUCUGAACUACGAUCGCACGCCGCCGUCCUCGCCAACUCCUCUCUCGUCCACCUAUACCUUUUCGAACGUCGCCGUCGCGUAGUCGUGUAUCCUGUCUGCCAAUUUAUUUGUUGCCUUUUUAAAUAAUAAAAAAAGACUUAUUAUUAAGAAUUAUUA